AAGAGAAACCAUGGAUGCUUCAGCGCUCAGCAACCCGCGCCUGCAGGCGAUGCUAGCGGAGGAGAAGAGGAAGGCAAUGGCAAACGAGGUUGUGGCCAAGCUCACUGAUGUCUGCUGGGACAAAUGCAUCACUGGGAGCAUAGGAAGCAGCUUCAGCAACAGCGAAGCCUCGUGCCUGUCCAACUGCGCGAAACGCUUUCUCGAACUGAAGAUGCUCACCAUGCAACGAUUUAGCAGCAGUAGAUGAAAUAAUAAUAUCGUGGUCUUUCCUGCAUGGAGACGUAGAAUCUAGUGGAGUCGAUGCUAGAAACGAGAGGAGCAUUACUUGCUUUUUGCUUCGUUAUCAGUUUUGGUGUUUCCAUGCAUACGUUUUCAAGUGAAACGAUUGCAAUAUUCUCUCUUGUCAAAAAGAGAUCGUAUUUUUACUACUUAUGACCUGAAAAGAGUCAGAGAUAAUACUACUGGAGCAAGAAAUUUGUGUUGUUGUUGAGUGAAAUGAGUUAGGCUGCCGAUGCAAGAGUU